AUGGAACGAAUAAUUCAAGCAACAAUUAAUGCGUUAGGUUUUCUGGAAGAUGGCAUUUAUUAUCCGGAACCGGACUGUUUUGAAAGUGUACGGGAUUUGGUACGAUUCCUACGAAAUGAUACGGCUAUGGCAGUGGCACGACGUAUUUGCGGUGAGAGAAAUAUUGUCCGAUACGAUCUAAUUCCGAUCAUGAAAUCACCAACCACGUCUGAUAAAUUAUUCGAUAUUGCAUUAAGGCUUACAAUAAAUUUAUGUCAACCAGUCGCAUUAAUGUUUGGUGGACGACAACCAGAAGACAAAGAGACUUGGCUGAUCUAUCAAGAAAUCGAAAAAAAUCUUAGGAAUUCCAAAGAAGCUUUCGGUGAUGUUCAGUUGUUCAAAAUUUUUGAAAGAAAAGCUGCGAUUUAUUUCGCUAAGGACUGGUUAGAUAGAGAUGAAGAAACGAAGCUUUUAAUCGAAAGGAUCUUUGCUUUAUCUCGUUUUGUCCUUGCUAUUGGUGAUACUGAUUUGGAUAAGGAGCGUUCUCCUCAGGAUGUGAACAGUCAUGAUCAGUUGGUUCUAGCCUUUCUGGAAAGUGGUUUCGGAAAGUUGCUUGUUAAAAUUUCCGAAACUUCAGCAGAACGUGAUUUUCACCUGUGGAUUUUAGAAAUUUUCGCACUUCUGCUGAAACAACACGAGGCGAAGGAUGUCGUGGAAGCUGGAAAUAUUCGCACUACAGAAGAGAGAGAGAAGCAAAAGAUUGAAAUGCAAAAACUUGUUCAACAGGAAACUGAGAAACAACUUAAUAAGCGUCGAUACAUGUCAAGCAGGCAUACCUCUUUUGCUGGAUCUUACAUUGUGAAAGGAUUGAAGGCAAUUAAUAAAAAUAACGAUAUGCAUCGACUUCCGAAAAGUCGGCGACCCUUUGAUAUUGAAACUGGCAAACAUUUUUCGAUUAUCAAUGUGCGUGUAGCUUUACGAUCCUUUUGCACAGAAAUGCUGCAAAAGUCAUACUGUCGAUUGAUGUGGGGAUGCAAAGAUAGCGCUUUUUCUGGAAAACGAACUUUGGGACAGGACAAAUCUGAUAUACAUUAUUUUAUUUUAAUGCAAUUCUCGUUGGAAUUCUGUCGUUUGGCUGAACUAUCUCCUGAAUAUAUAAAAGCUUCACUCAGCAUAGAAGCAUUUCAUCAUGUUCAAACUCAACUGGACAAUUGUCUGGAAAAGGUAAGAAUUGACCGAAAGGAGGGGCGUAUUCACGGAUUACGUGCACAAUACGCUUUAGCCUCUUACAAGGAACUAUUACUUACGCUGAUAUCAAUCCUGAAAUCUGGAAAUAAGGAGUGGAAACGGGAAGUAGGAUCUGCUUGCACACAUAUACUAAGAGUUGAAGAAUACAGGGAUUUGUCAAGUUGUGUUAUUCGUAAAUUUAUGCCCGGUGUAUUUUCGAAAACUUUCUUGCAAAAUAUUGUGCUUGCAAACCACGCGUACAUUAGUUUGAUUGAGAAGUUUUCCAAGAAACGAAUGCUGUUGACGGUAGUUAAACGUCAAAAGAAACGGCGACGAAAGUCAAAGAGAAAAGAAAAGUUAAAAAAUGCUGCACAGGAAUCAAAAGAGUCAAAUUGGCAUUUAUGGGAUGAUAUUUGCGAAGAAUUGUCGGAUGUUAUAUUCGGUCAUGUUCAACCAACCGUUGAUAUUAGUGCCAUCGAUGUGCUUCUGAAUGUCGAUGACCGAAUUCAUCAACAAUUUUCAAUGCUUAUGGUGCAACAGGCACUUCAUCAGCGGCGUAUAGCUGAUGCUGUAGGUAUAUACCGAUCAGCGCGUGAUUUAUGGCCUGAAGAUGGCAUAUUCGGAACAAACGAUAUACUUCCUGAGGAUGAAUUCCUCGAAUUACGUGCUGUAUACUUUGUGGACCUUAGAGAAGUUAAAGCAAAUUGGGAGAAAUGUCGAUUAGAAACAUACGGGUCAGAGAGAGACAUAAGAAACGAUGCCCAAUUUGAUGACGAAAUUGACGGAUUCGAUGAAGAGUAUGAGAAAACAAGUGGUGAAUCCGAUGUUGAAACAAGCGUGGUAGAGAAAGAAAUAGACUUUCAUUUCGAUGAUUAUAUCGCAAAAUUCGCACGAGUGGAUGUUAUAAAAUGGUAUAUCUUUCUCUUGGCUGAUUUCGAAUCUAAUACAGUCGAAGUGAAUAAAGCAGUCUUAAAGCUUCUGCAUCGAAUAGCUUUUGAUUUGAAAAUGGCUCCACGUCUAUACCAGCUUUCCCUUUUUGUAAUCUUCAAGCGACUUGCUCUGCGUUUCAAGGAUCAAUCAAUACAUGAAAUCAAAAAAAGCCAGUAUUUUGAAAUAUACCAGUUUGGUUACCAUCUUUUACGACGAUUUUACGGUGAUUAUCAAAAAAUUGGGUCCAAAUUAAUUCCGGAACUCUUGUUCUGGAAAGGUCCCAAAGAGUGUCACGAAAUUGCUAAUGGAUAUGGAACAUUUGAAAUUAGACAAGAUGGUAGUAAAGGCAAAGAAAUAUUAUGGCCUGAAGAAUUAGAUAACGAAUUAAGAGCUCUUUAUGAAGAAUAUUUGCUGUUUGAGGAAAAACCUGAAGGUGUUGAUAUCGUUGAAUACAUUGAGCAAGGUUUAUCGCAGCCUCGAACACGCCGACAAAUUAUUCGACAAAUGAAGAUGCUUGGAUUGGACACAUUUGGUGCUAGGAAUACUAGAAGAGAUGUGGAGAGAAGAAUUAAGUCAUCGGCUUUUGCGCCAGAAAUCAUCAGCCAACUGCAUAACCUUAUCAAAGAGUUUAAUUCAAAAACACCUUCUGCCCAUUCAGAUGAUUUGGUCAACUUUAUUCGUAACAAUCUGACGGAAAAAUAUACAAGAGCAAAAAUCAUCAAACAACUACAGUAUGAGGGUAUAUACUAUGAACCAGUGCCGAAAAGAAAUUCACGUUCAAAGCCAUCUCAAAAACUAGUUGGACGGAAAGAAUCAGGAGAGGAAGGGAUUGAUGACCUUUUUGAAGGUUCAAAUACGCUGGGAUUUGACUAUCCUUUUCAACAUGACGAUGAGUGUAAAGAAAAACGGACUCAUUAUUCAUUUAUCUUCAGAAAACGAAAUAAAACAAACAGAUCUACUAUGUGUCUUUCACCAGAAGAAGAUUUCAAAUCCACUGAUAGUGCAAGUCCAAGACCAAAUGCAAAUGCUAUUGAAGAGUUAUUUACGAUUAAUAAAGCGAGGAGUAUCGCUAACAGUAAUGAUAGCGAUGAUGAGGUGAUACUUGGAAAACGGCAACGAUCAACAAUUAGCAUCGCAUCCUUGUCUGAUGAAAAUGGCGAUGGUGAUACCAUCGCAAAAAAGACGCGCAAAAAGCGAAUCAUCGGAAGCGAUUCUGAAUAA